CCCAACCAAACCCCAGUCUGCAGAAGAAAAGAGAUCCACAUUAGAUACAGUAAGCACUUUCCCUGUUGCCAGAGCAGAAGGGAGGGGCAGAAAUACAGUCCAGGAGAUGUAAUAUGUCUGGGUUAGAUGCCCCUCUUUGCUUUUUCUAUUCAAGUCUGAUACAUGGCAGUGCCUCUGACACUGUGCUGUCAGUGGGCCACCGGCAGACAGAGCUGGACGGAUCUUCUCAGUCCUGGAUUCAGCUUAUGAAGAGAGGUUUUGUCAGCUUGGGGUGUUUUGUGGAUUGAACGGGUAGUUUGUCCGAUUUAGGACGGAUACCACAACAAAGAAGAAUUCAAUGUCCCUGGGAAGUCUUCAUCAGUGGCUAAAGUCCAGGAACGGAGCCCAGAACAGGCAAGAGGAGCAGACUGGACUGGCCACAGUGAGAAUUUGGAGCUUGUGGACUAGCAAUGGACAGCUGGACUCUCCAGGGGGACAGCUACUCCUUCCUGCGUAGUGCCCCCCGCACCUUUUCCCUUUGCCAUCGUGACGGCACCCCCAACCACGUUGAAAUAUUCGACAUUAUCAACAUCCCUUCUCAGCGCAGCGCCAUCUCCGAGACCACUUGCCUGUGUGACAUUUUUGGAGACGACUGUGAGUCGGCGUCUCUCUCAAGCAGCCCCGCUGUAGGGCCCUUUGUCCCUUCCCAGAGGGAGGUGGAUGGGACGGCUGCUGCGUCACCUCUGUUGGACGAGCUGAACGAUUCCUCUGGCUCUUACCACACAGCACAGGGCUCCAGUGAAGGCGAGGAAGGCUUUGAAGAUUCGAGAGACAAGCUUUACAGUCCCCCACUGCAGAGGCUUCUGGAGGCCAAAGGGCUGAGCUCUAGUCAUCCAGAGGUUUCUGGGGACAGCAGCGCAAUUUCACAACCAAGAAGGCAAUCACCAGCACCUCAGCUUAGCACAGCAAGCCCUUCUUUCCAAAAUCCCAGCACUGGUGAGAGGACACCUUCUCCUGAACAUAACAGCCCCUGUAUCUUCAGUCCAGAGAGAAGACUAUCAUCUUUGUCCUCCUCUUCGGCUGAAAGAAGGCCUUCAUCGUCCUCACCUGAUCCAAAACAAACGCUUUCAGAACCUGAACCAAUAAGAACAACUCCUUCAUUCAAAGACAGCAACAGCAGCUCGUCACAUCAGUCUCUAACUCCAAGUCCCUCUCUUGAACCCAGAAACUGUAUCAGCCACUUGUGCUGUGAAUCGGUGAACCCUCAGUUUUUACCUGAGUUUGGAGUAGCACAAGACACACCUGAGCCAAAAGCUGCCAACUUAAAUCAAAACAGCAGUCCAUCAGCUGAGCUCCCAUCCAAAGACUUUUUUCAGGAUUUUACAGAAUCAGCCUUUGAAUUAAGAACCUCUCAUUUAUCCCCUUCACCUUCACCCACAGAUUUAUUAUCUAAUUUAAGAGAAACACCGGACUCCCCUGAGCUUAUUCAUAGGUCCUCCUCCUCUGACACUCAGGCUUCAUCUCCUUUCCCUGACCUAAGAGGGAGGAUCUCUUUACCUGAUCUCUUCAGCAGAGGCUCUACGCCUGAGAUAAAAGAUUCUCCCUGCACAUCAGGUCCCUCUACUGCAGAAAGAGAAACAGCAGCUACUCCUGAAAGCCAAAGGUUAUCAGUGGAAGCAGGCAGUUCUGUUUCCACUCCUGGCCCACGAUACACCCCUUCCUCACCUGUCAUUUCAAAAGCAUCAUCCCCUGAACUUGUGGAGGGUUCGGUCUCACCUGAUUUCAGAAACACAGCUCCCUCACCUGGCCUGCUCAGCGCUGCCUCUCUGACCAGACCUGGGUCAACAACUCCCUCUCCUGAACGCUCACCAGAAAUAAGACAGGCGACUUCCCCUGUGGUAAGUUAUAGUUUAUCUCCUUCACCUGCAUUUAGAGACAGCUGCUCUCCCUUCGAGCACAGAUAUACUUCUCCCUCACCUGAAAUCAGGAUUACAGCAUCCUCUCCUGAGGUUGGCAGGAAAGAGCGACCUUUAUCAGCUUCUCCUCUGCUGGAGCCUCUCUUCGACACAUCCCCAUCAAGAAGCCUCACUUCCUCCCCUCACAUCACAGGAAUUUCUUACUCUGUUGUUCAACCCGAGGACAGGAGCAGUCCCCCAUUUCCUGAACUCUCUCAUCUCCCCGUCCCAGAGCCAGAUAAUACACCCAUCCCCUCUGAAGAAAGGAGCCUCACCACAAGCAGAGACGAUAUAGCAGAGUCCAUUGGCUGCUUCACAAGCUCUGCCCCAGAGACUGAAAAAACUCUGCUACAUCAUCCCAGGCACCAAACACCUUCACCUCAGCCAAAUCAUCAAACUUCCUCACCUGAACCAAGAUUUCAAAGUCCUUCACCUCAGCACAAAAGUAGAGAUCCAUCACCUGCUGCUUCUCCGCACAGGUGUCAGCUAUCACCAGCAACCCUCUCUGCAGACUGCAACCCUCCCCUUGGAUUAAAUACCCUUUUGAGUGAUAGGGACUCUUCUUCAGCAGUUAUCACAGAAACACAGUCUCCCACAUAUUUGAGAAAAGAGAGUGUGCCACCCUUAUUUGAGACAGUAACAAGGGACAAAUCUCCACCUUUGGUUGCUGAAAUCAAAGGCAGUUCACCAGCUCCUCUGCCUUUACCUCCUUUACCUAUUUUACCAGAGGGAAAGUUAGAUUGCCCUCUAAAACUGCAAAGGGAAGAGAGAGAAGAAACACCAGAGGGAGUAAAUAUAGAGGAUAAAUCAGGCGCAGCUUCUUUCCCUCAGGAAAAAACAGAUAUUCAUCCGCUCUUUUUUCAGAAAGAAGACACUGAUAAUAAUCUCCCUUCUGAAAUCAACUGUCCUUCUCCUAAUCUUCUAGUUCCCAAGAAGAGAAGUCCAAACCUCUCACCUGUUCACGGGGCUAAAUCAAAUUCACCUGCGCAGCCUCUGUUUGCUGCUCAUUCCCCCACUUCUGACAGUAGCAGCUCUUUAAAAUCUACAUCUGAGACGUCGGGAGGACAGCUGUUAACCAAAGUUAGACCUGAAAACAGAGAGAGGUUCACAGAGGACAUGUCCCAUCAUGCAAACAGAAGGCGGACUCCCUCUCCGCCACUCACCAGGUUUACACCUGUCCACAUCAUCGCUCCUGAGAAACCAUACAGACAGUGGCAGAACAGAAGCCGCAGUCCCACUCAUGUUGGCGCAUCCUCACCUAGAGGCAAUUUAAAGAAGGUGGUGACAAAUAGGGAAAGCCCCGACAAUAAUAGACAGGCCCACUGGGUCAGCCCAGGAAGGCAAUUGGGAAUGGAAAGGGGAAUGCCACUGGAGCAGGAGAGGCAGAGAGGCAGAGAGAGGCAAAAGGAUAGGGAGAUGGAAAGAAAUAGGAAGAGGGAGGAGCAGGUUCCUGAAACGGAAGAGGAGGGGUCGCAGGGGGACACCAGUUACAGAGGGGAACAGGUUGAGCUGUCAUUCAGUGCCAGGAAUAGAAAAGGACCUGCGAGUCGCGGUGCAGCUCCCACAAGCAGAGAGAUCCGACAAGGGUUGCCAACAGCGCAUUCCUAUUCGGAGAGCUCGUCUGCCACAAGACAGCUACAGCAACAACAGAGUGUUCAUAGACUCGCUUCACAACAAGCCACCAGGGGUUGUGCUGCCAGCAGACGACCUCAACCUCCUGCACCCCGAACCAAGAGCAGUGCUCCCGGACGUGCGGCCUCAUACAGGCCCGGCCGAAGUUCCAGCUCCAGCAUGGGGAGUGAACUUGACGAGGCAGAUGAUGAGGUGAAGUGGUUUACAGAUGUGGCUUUCCGCAGCCUGUCAAGCCCUGAUAUAGAUUACCUUGACAUGUACAACUCAAGCCACCACUCAUCCGCAAACAUCUCCCAGCCAUCUACCCAGGAGAGCCCGGCAGGGAUCGGCACUGCCUGGCAAGCCUAUGCUGACUUCAGAGGUUCUGUGCCAAAGUUGGACCAUGAUGAACUCUCCUCCCAGCAACCAUCUGCAUACUUCUCAGAUGGCUUAGAUCCAUCUAGGCGCUAUGAACUGGGCAGCUUUGAAUGCGUAGAUGUGGCUGUAGAAAGGGAGGACUCCAGGAAGCUGAGGAGAGGAGUCCCAAAGAGACAGAUCCAGCUGAAAAAGAGGAAUGAUGCUGAUGGGAAGCAAGACGGAAGCAGUGGAAAUAGCAGUCCUGGGCUAGCAAGCAUGGUGGAAAGCUACUCCCAGGCAAGUCAAUCAAGAGGGACGUUUGUGAGGCAACACAGUACACCAGCAGCAAUGCACGAGCACUACCCAUCUGACCACAGCCCUGAGCCCCAUCUUCCCAAUGUCAGAAAAUCUCAACUCCAGAAAUCUGCUUCUAUGGAUGAAACAUGCACUAAAACUCAGAUGGCUUCUUGCCUGAUCAAGAAUGUGUUGUCCAAAAAGAUGCAAAGUGCUGAUAAACAACCUGAUGAACAAGCAGGCGAAGGAUUGAGCCCCACAUUUGAGAAGAGCAGUCCACCAGCUGAGAGUCAAGUGGCACCACUUAAAGAAUCACCAAGACCAGACAUACAUGACCUAAGUUCCAGUUUUCAAUCGGAUUAUAGCCUUUCAUCGGAGAGUAUUCCCAUGAGAGGGGAACCAAGCGCCAAGGAUGAAGCUAAACCACCCAGAAGCUUUGGUGUGAGAUCUAGUAACAGGCCGAGCUCAUCCAGCAGCUGCAGGAGUGUUACCUUUUCCCUGACUGACAGUGAAGAGGCCGAUUCUCAAAGCAGGAAUGCAGUGCUGUCGCGAUCUGAAAUGCGAUCAGAACUGAAGGUGCCAUUCGAUAGUAAGCAGCGCAGAAGUGGAGAACAACAAGCAGACUACAGCAAAACAUACAAAAGGGAGGGUGACGACUCAGCAAAUGCAACAGAAACUCCUUCUGCCGACGCAGACCACAGCGCACAGUUCAGACCAACAAAGAGAGGGGGCGUGUGUGAAAGCCGGGAGGAACCGAAACAGUUGCAACAGGGUGACAACGGUGCCUUCAUGUCUAAAACGCAAGAGAUCAAACUGAAAGCUGUGGGGAAAAAGAAAGCCUCUUUAAAUCUGUGUCUCACACCUGAAGCAGAAAGCAAAUCUGAGAGUACUUCACCAGAUAUAUUUUUUAGACAAAACAUGGAUGAGAAAACAGAAGAAGAAGACGGAGACGAGAACAAUAAAGCAAAAGGCCCGCUUCACAAAGUUAGAGAUGUGAGGCGGCUCGUGAAGAAUACUUAUAAUCUGUCCUUUACAGCAUCUAGUGCUGAAGAAAGUGUAGAAACUGCUGAUGAAAAACAUAAAGAAGAGGCCAUAGCAGCAGAGGAGAUGGAUUUAAGACAAGGGAUAAGGAGGGAGGAGAUGAGGGAGGAAAGAGCAGAGGAGUUCAUGGCGGCGAGGACGGAGGAAGAGAAGGAGGAGGCAAAAGACUCAAAAAUGUUAACCCCAUCUCCACCACCUCACAGCAAAGGAAAGCCUCUGUCUGGUCCACAGCCAAUGCAAAUAGAAUACAAAGCUGUUUGCUUGAAAGAAGACAAGAAUAAAACAUUGCGUGUCAAAAAAGACUCAGAGAACCUAGGUGACAAAUCCCAGGUUUUUUCAAAGCCCGUCACCGAUGUGAGCAGAGAAUUGCAGUCUUUGAAUGCACCAAACAACACAGCGUCAGAUACUGAGAUAUCCAGACCAUGUGAGCCUGGUGUAAACAUUACAGCAGAACCACGAGAGAUGCUGCCAGAAAUCCACAAAGUUCCAGACAGUGAGGAUAAACCUGCGGCUGUAAGAACAGACAGGAAGCAUCACAUGCUUGGAAACCUUCCUAAAAUGCCCAGUAAGGAAAGAGAGGUGUCCACUGCUGUAGUGUUAAUCAGGGAAGGACCGAGCAAGACCAGGACAUCUGCAUCUCCCGCCCAGGAGAUGGAGAUCCAAACCCCAAUCCUAGCACGGCCUGCUUCAAUUUCACCUAAACCCACUACCCCUGGUAGUGCCCCUGCUACUAGUGGCCACUCUGUGUCCAUGUUAUUAAAGGAGAAAGGCUACCAAGCUGACAUUGGAGCAGUUGUGGGUGACAGCCAGAAUGCAUCUGGAGUUAAAGGAGUUCCCCGCAAGCAUGUGAACUCUCUGGAGAUCCCCCUUCAGACCGUUGCUCCUUCUGACGGAGGUUGGAAUGAGUCUCAUAGAGAGAGGACAUUCUCCUCCUCAUCUACCACUUCCGUCCCCUCAGCAGUGUCUGACAGCACAGAUGCAACCACAAAAACCAGGGAAGAUGAGGGAGGUAGCAUAAAUCCUGCAGAAAAAGACACUGCGAAACUAAGGUGUUUUUCUCAGGAACAAGACCCACUCCCUACCAAGCAGAGGGACGUGUCAGAUUUUGAAGCUGUGAAGAGAUUAGAUCCCACUUUCCCCCCGCGGUCACCUGCAAUAAGGAGAUUCAAACCACAGCCGAUUCAGGUGAAAUCAAUGUCUAAAGAACCACAGAAAAAAGACAUUCCCUCAAGCUCUACUGGAAGCUCUACUGGAAACUCUAGUGGAAACAGCAGGCCUCAAAUCAUUGAAGUUAAAUCCAUAGCUAAAAAUUCCCAAAAGCCAGUCGUGCCUCCAAAGCCGAACUGCAAAUUUAAACCUGCGGAUUUUGGUGUGACAUCAAAUGAAGCGCAUAGAUUGUCGGCAGCAACAUCGAUUGCAAAGUCACAAAGUGACGAGAGGACUCAGACGAUUGUAGUGAGCUCGCCAACAAUCUACAGGAAGAUUUCCACUGACUCCACAGCAACAUCUAAUUUUUCAAGAAAACUAGCCGUGUCAGCGGUGUCCAGCCUCAAACCUCCGCCCAGCAAAACAACUUCAACUGCCAGCUCCAGUCUCUCAAACCAGUCAGCAGAACCUCCAGACUCAGAGGCUAUUAGUGACAGAGGGCAGAUGCAGCAACCAGCUGCCUCUCCUCAGACUGCCAGAUGUGCACAAAAAGCUUUAACCUCAGUUCCAACAUCAGCCACCAGCUCAGGUGUGACCUCAGCUGCAGGUUCGGUUUCUGACCCGAUUGCAAGCCAAACUACGGCACCCGCCUCAGCAGGAGUCAGCAAGCCAAGCCAGCCGGCUGUUAUGGAUCGCGACAGGCAGCUGCAGUAUCCCAGGGCAGCAAACCCUCAUCAACAACAAACUGUGCCACUGACUUCAAACAAUACAACACAGCCCACUGCUGUUUCCACAACACAUCUGCCAAGAUAUACGCACCAGGCAUGCCACAGAUCUCUCUCCAGUGAGCGCUCACAGAGGACCGACAACCUGCAUUUUUAUGCCUCUGAUGACCCUCCAAGCUAUGAUGAACGAGAGAGCUUCAGUCCACUGACGCUCCCGGAUUUGACACCCUUGAGAUCAAAUCGCUUUCAACCCUCCUCCCGUCCUCCUGCCUGCCCCUGCACAGCUGGUUGCCCCACUCACAUUGGUCUCCACCCUCCUCACCAUCACCGAAGUCCCCAUAACCUCACCCCACCGGCCCCCACGCAUUCUCCGGGCCAGGCUCUACCUUACGCAGUGGCACAGCCUCCUCUUCGGCCCCACCAGUGCAGACCCGAUGCUCAGCCAAUGAGCUACCAGCCAGGCUCUCCCAAAUCAAGCCCUUUUGGUCCAAGCCAGCAGCCAACAAUAUACCAGCCUCUCCACCAGCCUGCUCCCUGCGCUCCUCACCCCUCACUCAUGCAGGCUUGCUCUGUGGACCGCUCGUUGCCCCCACCCCAGCACAUUGACCCUCGACGGCCUCCUGUGCACAGAUCCCCCCACCAGCAGCCACCGGGGCUGAUAACUGGGGCUCCUUACAGCGAUCCCAGCCACAAUCACUCCCCUGGCCUUCCCUCUAUGGAUCCUCAGUUUCUAUGUGGCACUCAAAGCAUGGCAGGGCCUUCCUAUGGCUCUGAAUACGGGGGUGACAGCUCCAGUUUGUACUCAGAAAGCAGCUAUGGGCAGACGCCUCGCAGAGUGCUCCUGGAUCCUGAAACAGGGAAGUACUUUUAUAUUGAGGUGCCUGUUCAGCCUCUGAGGAAGAUGCUGUUUGACCCAGAGACUGGCCAAUAUGUGGAAGUGCUCAUCCCACAGCAAACAAUAUCACAUUCAGGCCUGUAUCCGCCCUCCGCAGCCCCCUACCCACCCCUCCCUAACCCCAGCAUGUACGCCCCUGCUCCACAGUACAUGCCCUAUGCAGCUCCUGCUCCCCCAGCCCAGCCCCAGGCCCAGCCCCAGCCACCCCGGUACCCCGAAGCAUCAGCUGCAGCAGCAAUGCACCCAAGCGGCUCCGGGGUCGGCUACAGAAAUCCCUCUGGUCAGGGUUCAAAGCCCGAGCCUCAGAAUCAUCCCCCAGUGGACCACAGCUACCUGGAGAGCAUGUAUUAUGUCCCUACAGGGAUGAAUACAAGCCCCAAUCCCACCCCACCAGACUAUUACCACAAACAUCCCCCCAACUUACCCCCAACAGGGGGGAAAAGGUCCUGAAAUAGAGGGUAGAGGCCGACUUCCUGGAGCCUGUUAGGUUUAAAAUACACAAUGUAUAAAUGGAGUGUCCAAUGUUAGCCUGUAAUGUUUUCACAUUGCAACUGAAGACAGCAAGUCUUUGGUUGUUUUAUUUUUUAUUUGCUGCUAUGUGCUAUGCCAAAUAGAUGACUCUUGGGUAUUCAAAAUGCAAACAAGAAGGCCUUGUGUUUGAGGCGCUCUUUAAAAGUACUAACAAAAAUGUGUAUGUAGGAUAAUCAGGUCGUACUCUGAAGUCACUAGUAAUGUGCAGACACUAUAAAUCCAUAGGUUUAUUGAUUAAUGGGUUUAUUGAGGUGUGUAUUUUCUCUACAAAUAUCUCGAAAAACAACACAAACUUGAAAAUAGUGUUUUAAAAGAACCUCAUAUUUAUUUUAUGAUUGUGUUUCUCUUAAUUUGAUUAAGUUGGCUGUAAAACAACACAUCAAUGGCAAUAAAAUGUCUCAUACAAAAUUUU